GAAACGCUGAAAGAAUGUCAACUAUUGAAGAGAACUCUCCAAAGGAGCUAACCACCAAUUCAUCUCAAUCAGAAUUGACUUCGCAGAUAAGUUCAAAUUCUUUGAUUCAUUCCAAGAAUACUGAUGGUAGUUCAAUAAAGAGAUUUCGGCAAAAGAUUAGAAGAGCCACUGUAUUUAUUCUCAAGUCGCAGAUUUUGUCAAUCGUUGUAAUUUUCUUGGCUAGCGCCGUGUGCAUUGGACCAGCUAUUUAUGCUUUCUUUUAUAUGACUCCAGAAAUUGUUAUCGAUAAAUCUUUGAAUUCUUUUUCUAUUCCCAAUCAUCCUGUAUCAAUUAAUUAUGAUGCAUUCAAAAUGGCUAAAGACGAAUGGGAUAAAAAUACUGGACUCUCAAGAAGAAGGAAACGAGAAAUUCCCAGGGAUAAUUGGUUAGACUCCCCACCUCUUACAGCGGUCAAUCAAAAAAUCAUUAGUAAUAAUAGACUACGAGAUAUCAAAGAUAUUGAUUCUAGAGUGGAAGCUAAAAGGAUAGUGAAGAAAAUUUAUGGAGAGCGUAGUAUAUUCGAUCAUAUUUUAAAGAGAUUUAGAAGAGCUGCCGCUUGUGGAAAUUUUUGCCAGACUAUUCCACGAUGGAAGAUGCAAUUGGUUUAUACAGCUAUUGGAAAAGACAAAAAUAUUUUCACUAGAAGUAGACUUGAACAAAUUCAUAAAGUAGAAAUGGGAAUAAUGAACAGAAAGGAUUUUACAAAUUUCUGCUAUAGAGAGCAAAAAUCAUAUCCUCUUUAUAAAAAAUACAACGGAUGCAGUCCACUAAAUAGCCUCUUAACUUACUUUUACCCCUCGCAAGGGUUCGAUGGAACUAUUCACUACGAUGGUUUAGGAAGUGAAUUACAGAAUAUAAAUCAAACUCUUAAAUUUGCUUUAACAAAUGCCGGAACAUAUUGGUAUGUCGAUGAAAAUUUUAAUUCGGUUUCGAAGAAGAGUACUCUCCUUAGAACUGAGGUUCAGUUCGGCACUCCUUUUCCGGGUUUCGAAUACUCCCAUUCCAAAGGCGGUGAGCAAGAGGCUAUGGCAGAAAAGUUUAUAGUUGGCUAUAUUGACCUUCUUAAAGAAUACAGUAAUGAUGAGGUACGAAUCUUGUACGGAGGAAACAUUCUUUUUGAUUAUGAAGUAGAUAAAACCUUUUGGGAUGAUAUUAAAUUAGCUGCAUUUUCUCUUGGUUUUAUUGUCCUAUUCAUGUUCAUUUUAACUUCCUUUUCCGGAUUCCUAACAUUUUGGGGGAUAUACUCAAUUCUUUUAAGUUUUCCGCUGGCACUCUUCUUUUAUAGAGCUGUCUUUCAGAUGACACGUUUGGGUAUUCUAAACGGAGCUGCUGCAUUCGUCAUCAUUGGAAUCGGUGUUGACGACGUGUUUGUCUUUAUAAAUACAUUCAGACAAUCGCAUUUUAUACCCGAUCAUGGUGAGAGGCUUUUCUAUAUGUUUCUUACCGCUGGAAAAGCGACUUUUUUCACUUCUUUCACAACCGCAGUAGCAUUUGCUGCUAACGUUGCUUCUUCUAUUCCUGCAGUGCACGACUUUGGUCUUUUUAUGUCUCUAAUAGUUGGCUGUUGUUGGAUAACGGUUCUUUUUAUUAUGCCUCCAGCCAUUAAUCUAUGGUAUAAUAGAUUUAGUAACUGCGAAAAGAUGUGCUUUAGCAAAUGCAAUAAUUGCAAAUGUGGUAAAUCUUUCGAAACUGAGGAAAUUCGUACUACUCCCAAAUUCGAAAUCAAUAGAGCAGAGGAAAUUGAAAAUGAAACGGAAGCAUCAAUUAAAGAUGAUGCUAUUAAUAUAUCACCAAAUCCUAAUAAUUAUAAAUACAACAUUGAUGAAACUGAUGACGAUUUGGGUGAUGUUAAAUUGGAAGAGAAAGAAGAAAUAGCAACAAUCACCGAAGGAGGUUGGCCUUUAUACCUAGGAGCUCUUAAUAUGAUGUUAUCGCCAAUUAAAAAGUCGGAUAAGACAUCUGAAAUUACAAGUUCGGAGGGAGACGAUAGUAUUCGAGUUGUAGAGGGUUGUAGCUUAUCAAUGAUCCUCCAAAGAUAUAUUUAUAAAUUUACUGCUUCAUUGGUUGUUAGAUGGAAAUGGGUAAUUUUAGGAAUAUACAUCGUUAUAUUGAUAAUAUCUAUUGGUUUAAUGUCCCAAUUAAAAGCGGCAACUAAACCACCUCAGAUGUUUAAUCCAAACUCAAACCUGCAGAUGUUACUGGAUUUAUCCGUCAAAUUUAGUCAUACUGAUCUAAAAUGCGACACAUGUUCAGCUUUUCAUCAGGCUAACCCCGUAAAACCGACUCCGCCACCAAACACUGAUUCACCGACAACAAACAAAUCAACGGCGACAACCAAAACUGUUUUUUUAAGCACCAAAAAAUCUCCUACAACUGCUAAAGUUAAGGAAACGAUAAAGCCUACUACUAAAUCAAUACCAACAACAAAACAAACAACUCAAAUGUCGACUGUUGAAAUUACAACGGUUAAUGAUUUAAUAACCACAAUAGAUUCACAAGACGUUUCGACGGUUAAAAAUUCUAUAAUACCAGUAACUCAUCAAGUAGUCACUGAAUCAAAUUCAAAUGUAACACAAAAUCCUGAAACGGAAGAAAUAACAACGGGUCUUUUAGAAACCGCUGUAAAGACGAAAGUAACUAAGGCAACUACCAAAAGUGCUACUCCGUCCACAUCCAAAAAAGCAGCACCGACAACUAAGCCGACAACUAAGCCGACAACUAAACCGACAACAAAACCAACAACUACACCAACUACCACUAUCACAAAUAAACCAACAACUAAGAAAAUUAUACCCAAAACAAAACGUCCAACGGUGGUACCAACAACAAACUCUCCUAUACCACCUAAUCCACCUAACCCUCCUCAGCCUACAGAUCGUCCUGGACCAAUUGAUCCUUCUCCGGUGCCUCCAGUUAGUUUUGAUCCGUGCGAAAAUAAUGGCUGUAACCCCGAAGAAAAACCUCAGUUAGACUCUGGUACUAUAGUCUAUGUAGUUUUCGGUAUAGAUACAAUAGAUAGAAGUAAUGUAUCAUAUAAACACGUCCUGAAUGAUAAAGGAACAGUAGUUUAUGAUAAAAAAUUUCAAGAUGCAUUUCAAUAUGGCCAACUCAAUCCAGAUUUAAUUAGGAAAAUGUGUAAAAUAUGCAAAUUAUUUCAAAAUAAUAAAGAUUUAGUUAUGGUCAAUGGCAGCCAAUGUUUCCCGAGCGAUGAAGAAAUGAACUUAUUUAAAAAGCAAACCGUCUUUUUAACUGAAUUUAUGAAAACCGAUCCCGACUGUAAAGAUAUUCCGAAAAAUCAAAAGAUAAAUGGAGCUCUCCUACCGGAUAGAUCAAGAAUAUCAAUUAAUUACAAAACCUUUAGUAUUAAUUGGAUAGCUUUUGCUUUCUCUUCUACUACACUAAAAGGAACAGCAUCGUAUAAAGCUUACGAAGAUUACUUAAAAUGGGAGAAAUUUAUUUCGGCUGUUAAAGAAAAAGUUUUAUCUGGAUCCGAUUCACCGCUAGCCGGAAUGAAGGUCACAUCAGAAUUUUGGGUUCAGGUUAUGAUGGAAACAAUUGCAAUUUGGAGUGCCAUAUAUGGUGUUGUUCUCUCUUUAGUUAUUUGCGUUGCUGCAGUCACAAUUUUUACUGGGCACGUUAUUUUACUAAUAAUCGUUGUCAUGACUAUCCUAGGAGUAAUUUGCUUCGUUGUAGCAAUAUUCUGGAUCGCAGGAUGGGAAAUGGGAGCUAUAGAAGCCAUUAGUUUAUCCAUCCUUGUCGGAUCCUCUGUAGAUUAUUGUGUUCAUUUAGUGGAAGGUUAUCUUUUGUCAGCAAGAAACUUACCCCCAAAAUUGAAAACUAACAAGGAGAAACGAGAAUGGCGCGCUAGAGCGGCAGUAAAACACAUAGGUUUAUCUAUUAUAAGUUCAGCUGUCACAACCAUCGCCGCUUCCAUUCCCUUAACACAGGCAGUUAUUCUUCCUUUCUCAAAAUUUGGGGAAAUUGUUGCUAUUAAUACUACUAUAUCAAUUGUUUAUACUCUUACUGCAUGUACAGCAUUUUUGGCUAUAUUUGGUCCACCAAACUUCAAAUGGUCAUUAAAAGCAUUUAUUUUAGCUUGUUUAGCAAGCGGAGGAUUCAUCGGAGCCUUGUUUUUAUCACUAUUUAUUGCAACAAAAGCUGGUGUUGAUAUUCCAACGCCAAGUGGAAAAAAUCUUUUCUAA